AUGGCGCCCAUCCAUGCGAUUACACUGGACAAUGUCGACGAGAUAGUCGAGAACUUGUAUCUCGGUGGUAUAACUGCAGCCUACGAGACCGAAAACCUUGUGGAGCAGGGGAUUCGGGCUGUGGUCUGUUGUGUCCGCGAGACAGAGUUCCCAAGCUACGACUUCAAUAAGCAGAUUCAUUAUUUCCGUGUCGACGUGGAAGAUGUCUCCAUCGAGCCCAUCGAGUACUUCUGGCCGGAGGCGAUGCAGUUCAUUCAUGAACAUCACUCCAAGGGCCUGCCGGUUUUUGUGCAUUGCCGUGCUGGGGUUUCGAGAAGUGCCUCCACUGUGAUCGCAUACCUCGUUAGCCAACUGGGCUUCACCUUGAAGGAUGCUUUCUUGCUGGCUCACAAGAAGAGACCGGUAGUUACACCCAAUCUUGGCUUUAUGGACAAGCUUUGUGAGCUGGAGAAGUCGAUCCUGGGGACUUCGAGCAUCGACUUGUUCAAGUACGAAAGCUGGUGGAGCGGCUCCCACAUGGCAGAGGUGCCUGACGUGGGCAUCGAAGAUCUCGAAGAGAAUCCUGAGCCGGCUGAGCCGGAGGUUCAGAGGGGACCUCCGGAGGCAGCGUCGCCUUCGUCUCCCGGCCGCUCCAGCGUGGCCCAAAAGCUCCAAGCGGCCAAUCGAAAGCUCCGGAUCCUCCGAGCCAUGUCGGACUUGGAGCAUCAAAAGCAGGUGCUCCUGGACCUUCCCGAUCUCGAGGAUGGUGACGACGGAUAUAACCCGGUUCAUAGGAAGCGCAUAGAGAGGAUCCGAUCCCUCCUCGUCCGCCAAGCGGCUCACGACCCAGAGUUGGGCUACUGCCAAGGUAUGCACCUCACUGCCGCCAUCUUCGUGGCUGCCUCCGAAUCUCAGGGGGAGGCCUACUGGCGCUUCCACGGUUUCACCACGGCCCUCCGGGGCUUGUGGCUCGGAUCAAGCGGCUUCCCGCUCCUGAAAAGUGGCUGCGCCUGCUUCCAGGAGCUUGCAAAAGGGAGGCCUUGGUUUCAGCACCUCCUGGCCUUGAAGAUUGAUCUGAACUUGUACCUUGCGCAAGCCUGGCUCGGGCUUUUCGGUCUCUGGCUGCCCUUCUCAGUCCUGGUUCAAUCCAUUCAGCUCUUGGAGGGCAGCCACAUGGCGGGGCUCCUGGCGAUGACCUUGGCCUUGCUGGAUCGACGCAGCGACCGCUUGCGUGAAGCCCAAACAGAGGAUGGUCUUCUGAGAGUGCUCUCGAGCAAGGAGGACAUCUCGGCCCGGGAGAUCUUGCAGGAGACCCGGAAGAAUCUAGCUGAGGCCUCCAUCGCACUGAAACACAACACGGAUGAAGCGGAGCUCACCCUGACCAUGCGAAAUUCCAGAGUCUUCUCAGAUGAGCAGAAGAUCUUGGAAGGCUUACCAAGCUUGUCCGAGUUGGUGCUCCAGGAACAGGUUGAGCCUGUCGUGACGGAGAUUGCGCCCGUACCCCGGCAGGACAUUUCCUGUUGGUCCUGCUUGGAAGCGUUCCGGAAGCCCAGAGAGAGCCCCCAAGUAGCGAAGCGUGCCGGAGCUAGCGUCCACGACCAAAACCAAGAGUUGGCAAAGAUGCGGAGCUUCACUCAUGCAACCAUCAGGCGCGAGGCACGGCAGCGCCUGUCUCGCUUGAACUGGGCUGAUCAGACGUGCUGCCGCACUUCGCCGACGACUGGAGAUCUGGAAGGGCUUACUGCAGCUUCCCGCCGAGCCCUGCCCCUGCAACUUCAGAUUCGCUCCGCAGCUCCACGAAUCGGCUCCUUGGUGCUCGGUGUCGAGGAGGCCCCCGCCUUGCUUUUCGAUGCCGAGUUCGAAUGUGGAAGCCUCGGCCCAGUCACGCGCAUGACGGCCAGGGAGUACGAGGUGCAGCUACUCUCUGAUGCUGGCGGUGGCUAUGUACAGUGGUUCUGCUUCCGGGUCAGAAAUAUGCGAGUCGGUAUGCCUUAUACCUUCCACCUCACGAAUUUGGUAAAGCCAGGAAGUCUCUUUGACGAUGGCUGCCAGCCUGUUCUCUUCUCGCGCCGGAGGAUGGAAGACUGUGGUGUCGGUUGGUCCCGGGAAGGAACCGACGUGGCCUACUACCCCUGUGGUUUCGGCGCUGGAGCUAGGAAGCACUAUUGUGUUUCCUUCGACGUGGUCUUCCCCUUCGAGGAGGUCCUGGUAUUGCUAUUGGUUGUUGCGUUUCGAUUGCUGCUUGUGCUAUGCCUGCUUCGGCUACCACCUUCACCUUGA